AUGAGAUCGAAGUAUGAAAGGCUCCAAGCUGGACCGCGCGCAUCUGAAUUACCCGAGAUGCUCCGGAGUGAGUUCUUGUUUACGGCCACAUAUUGGAAAUGUUGGAAAGCAAAAGAGUUAGCAACUGUGGCUGCACAAGGAACAGAAGAGAGCUCUUACAAGCUCCUGCCGAAAUAUUUUUAUGUUGUAAAGUAUGCAAAUCCUGGGUCCAUUACUGAUAUCAAAACUGAAAAAGAUGAUAAGGGUCAGACAAGGUUUAAGUACGCGUUCAUGGCGCUGAAAGCUUGCAUUGACGGGUGGAAGCAUCUACGGAAGGUUAUUGUGGUGGAUGGUACUCAUAUGUUUGGGAAGUACAAAGGGUGUUUACUAACUGCAAGUGGGCAAGAUGCCAAUUUUCAGGUAUUCCCUAUAGCGUUUGCUGUUGUAGACAAUGAAACAAAUGAGUCUUGGAGUUGGUUUUUUGAGAAGCUGACAGAGAUCGUAGUAGAUGGCUCCGAUUUAUCUAUUGUGUCUGAUAGAGCAAAUCAAAUAUGUGUUGCUAAAGAUAAGUGGUAUCCUCUUUCACACCAUGGGUGCUGCCUCGUACACCUACAGAGAAACGUCGACGCAAAAUUCAAGAAAAGGAAUCAUAAGCAAAUGGUUGGCAGGGCAGCCGAGGUAUUCAAGAUAAGCGCUGUUGGGAUUAUCUUGAGAAGAUCGAUCCUAGGCAUUGGACAAGGUCACACUUUGAGGUACAAUCUAAUGAGCUCGAAUAUAGCUGAGUCUCUCAACAAAGCACUAGUUCCUGCGCGCGAUUCCCCGGUAAUGGCGCUAUUUGAGUUCAUCAGACGCAUGAUUAGUCGUUGGUUUGUGAGUAGACAGCGAAAGAUAUCGAAAAUGAGUGGUGAGAUCCCCCCGGCUGUUGACGAGUUGAUGGAGAACAAUAUAGAAGACGCAAGAGCGUACGCUGUGAUGCCUCUGUCUGCUUUUGAAUUUGAGGUAACUCUAAAAACAACCGGCUUCGGGAGUUCUGUUAAUUUGGAAACCAGGUCUUGCACAUGUCUUGAAUUCCAGAAAGUUGGAAUACCAUGUCGACAUGCCAUUGCUGCGGCUAUGUUUCGGGACUUGCAGCACUCAGAGUUCAUUGCAGACGCCUAUCUAAAAAAGACAUGGAAUGAAACAACAAAGGGUGUUACACUCCCGGUUCCAGAUCCGCAAGAUCUUUUCAUACCUUCGGAGGUUAGUGACCUUAUCAUGUUACCACCAAAGACGAAGAGACCACCAGGACGUCCACCGACCAAGCGUAAACGUUCUGCAGGAGAAAUACCGGUACGACCUAAUCUCAUCUGA